GUGGGGGAUCAGUCACUUUCGCGCCUAUCUGUAUGGGUAGAAGUUCAUGCUGGUCACCGAUCAUGAGCCAUUAUUAGCCCUGAAGAAAUCUAAGGAUUACUCGGAACCAGCCGAAGGAUGAGAACGGACUGCGGUACGGGCAAGUGGAAAUUAUGUCGAAAGAAGGGCGAUCUUCUCGGUUUUCUUUUCGGAUCGGUGCGACCAGGCCAUCGCCAGCUAAUUGUCCAGGAACUCGUCGUCCCGCUCGUGCAACUGGUCGACGACCUCUCUCUCGACAUUGUUUCCCAAAGUGACGAGAGUCCGGCUCCGCACGUCCUUACGCGGACAUUGGCACCGUAUCUGAAGUGGACUGCGUGCUUGGAGGAACCGGGGAGUGAAAGCGCCCCGCCAUCGCGACAGGAGUACUUGAGGCCGUCCGGAAUCAUCAAUCUCGCCUUCUAUCUAAAGCAAGAUACGUCCGAGGAGGCAGGAGAGGAAGAAGCCACCGAAGAAGAGGACGACGCCGACGAAGAAACAUCGGAGGAAGGGAGUUAUAGUGAGCACAGCGAAGGGGAGCAGAGUGUAGAGGAAGAAGAAGAAGAAGAGGAAGAGGAGGAAGCCGGAUCGGAACGAGAAGCCUUGCCGGAAGAAGCGGCGGGCACAGGCACGGAGGCAGAAGAUCCCGAGGCGGCACGUAAGAGGGGAGAGAUCGUCGCCGGGAAAAGCCAGCUGGAGUUUGCCUGCGAGGCGAACCUGCGCAUCAACGAUGACCAGACCAGGGAUCCAGAGCCCCCGAAGCCCGAAGAUGGCGACCUAGCAACCGCGAUUCCGAGCGCAUCGCGACGGAGACGGAGUCAAUCCCCCUCCCCCUCCACCUCAGCCCGUCCCCCUGUUCGUCCACGUACCGAUGCGGGGGAUCGGCCUUCGUCCCCGGUCAUUAUCCCGCCGUCCCCUUGAUUACCUCACCCUCUGUCAUAUCUCUACCCCCGUCACCUUCACUCGCAACCCCUUCCCCCCCAAUACCUUAUGUCACUUUACUC